ACUAUUUAUUAGCAAUGGAGGCGGUGACAAAGAUGGUUUCCGAGAGGCCGGUGGUGAUAUUCAGCAAGAGCUCGUGCUGCAUAUGCCAUUCGAUCAAAACCUUGCUUUGCGAUUUUGGGGUCAACCCGGCAGUGCACGAGCUUGAUGAAAUGCAAAGAGGAGGAGAAAUAGAGAGAACUCUUUUAAGGCUCGGAUGCAAUCCAUCCGUGCCGGCGGUGUUCAUUGGCGGUGAAUUCGUGGGCGGAGCCAGUGAGGUCACGAGUCUUCAUCUGAAGCGCUCCUUAAUCCCCAUGAUGAAGCGCGUUGGUGCAUUAUGGGUUUGA